AUGUAUGGACAUGAUAAUAAACAGUUUUUUGGUAAUAAUAAGCUGCUCCUACCGGAACAACCUGUACAUGAUGACUUCUUAGACACUAUGGAAAAGGUGUUCCACUGGUCGUGUAUAUUCGGUGUAUUUGGUUCGAAGAGGUACAUCAGUAUAUUGUGGAGUGCCCUUAUCUUGGCGUCGUUGGUGGUUAUAGAGUACUUGGCUAUUUGGAAGGUCAUUCGAGCAGUUACUGGAGUGGCCAGGGACACAAGUGGACACCGAAGCAUAACAGCUCGCCUCGCAGGAACAAUAUUUUAUUCGAUAUCAAUAAUGUCGCUGUUCGUAGCAUCGAAACUCUGGUACUAUUGGAGAAGUAACAUAUCGCUGUUGUGGGCUAAAGUGGAACGAUCAGUGGGGGUGAAGGUUCCUGCUGAUAGCACGUUAAAACGACGACUGUAUCUAGUUUUUGGACUAAUGACUUUUUGUUCAAUGUUUGAGCAUACAGUCAGCAUGAUUGCAUCGGUUGGGUUAGACUGUCCCUCAUCUUUAUUGAUGAAACGAUACGUGCUUGUGUCCCAUGGAUUCCUUUUUAUGGGACAAGACUACUCCGAAUGGUUUGCAAUGCCAUUAAUACUGAUAAGCACUUUAGCCAGUCUGCUAUGGAACUUCCAAGAUCAGCUCAUAGUCCUCAUCAGCAUUGGUCUUACAUCUCGGUAUUAUAGGCUCAAUGGCUUCGUCGCUAAAUUAUGUGAACUAGAAAAACAUCAGACGGAGUUUAAUAAGAAGUCAGAAGCUCUAAAAGUGUACACGUGGCGUAAAAUACGGGAGGCGUACGUGAAGCAAGCGAUGUUAGUACGACGGAUGGACGGAGCUCUCGGGGGCAUCGUCAUGCUGUCCUGCUCUUGCAACUUCUACUUCAUAUGCUUGCAAAUGUUCUUGGGAAUUACGCAAGGUCUAUCCACAGAUGUAAUGACAGGUAUAUACUACGUGGUAUCACUUGCCUGGCUGUGUACCCGCGUGAUAAGUGUCGUGCUCUCUGCGUCGGGAGUGAACACACAUUCAAAGACUGCCCUCAAGUACUUGUAUACCUAUGAAACACACUGCUAUAAUGUUGAAGUAGGAAGGCUCCAAGACCAACUAACUAAAGAUUACAUCGCCCUCAGCGGAAUGGGAUUCUUCUAUCUGAACAAAACUAUUUUGUUACAGAUGGCCGGUGCAAUCAUAACUUAUGAAUUAAUACUAAUACAGUUUGAUGGACAAGGGCAGAUAGAUACAGAAACUACUCCAAGCAUUCAUUUAAAUGUGACUAAUAUAUGA